AUGUCAUCCAUCUUCGCCUAUCUGUAUAUCCCAGCGAGUAUAUAUAUCGCACGCUGGAAUCCUUCAUUGGGCUUGCUGACGGUAGGUAAAGAAGUGGGAUAUCUUUUGCUUCAGAGUUUAUUGAUUCUGGUAUUAGGUAUAUUAUCAGCCUUGUCGACCAAAGAAGAGAUAUGCACUUCUAUCAAAGCUGAACCAGGACAUUUCGGAUAUUCUACUAAACCAUUUAGAUGUCAGGAAAAACUCGCUUUGGCAAUCUUAUCGUUCCUCCAUCUACUCCUAGUUUUAUGCUGGUUAGCAUUAUUAUUCAUCUCGGUACAUAGAUAUAGGGGACAUGAGAAGAGACAAACCGAUCCAGAUGGAUUCGAAAUUCCUGUUCAUCAAUUCCUCUCCUCAAGAUGCCAAUUAGAAGUGGAUGAACAACAUGAUUUGACACCUAUCGAAUCACUUACCAACACUACCAAAACUCCCUUCUCACCUUUCUCCCCCGGAACAACCAAAGAACAAGACGGAGACGAAAUUCCACUACAUGAUUCUAGUCCUACUCGAAGUAAUAAACAUACUUCGGAACCAUGGCGAAUCUCUUCAUUACCUUUGCCAGAUUUGAAAUUCCAUUUUGAUAGUGUUAGGAAUUCAGCUAAAAGUAAUACUUCUACUUCCGCCACAGCAGGAGGUGGAGGAGGGUUUGGAUUCUCCUUUUCCAGUCCUGUUGGAGGUAGCACCAAGAAAACCAGUACGUUGUUACCUACUUUGGAAAGUGCCCGUAAUUCAGUAAAGAGCUGGAAGAAAGAUGAUGAUUUAGAAUCUAUGAGGAGGGAUCAUAAACGAAUUGAAUCAUGGAGGAUAUCACCUAUACCUCUUCCAGAUUUAAACUUAGGAUUCGAUACCAAAUCUACUAAAACUCAAAAUCACCAUGAUCGGGAUAAGGAUAGGUUUUCAGUCAAGAGUGGAUUGAGCGGAUUGACAUUGGAAGAUGCUCGGAAUUCCAUUCAGAGUCUCAAGAGCAAUAGUACGAUUGGUGCAAGGGAUUCGUUGAAAAGUCAAGUUUCCACAACGAUCAAACCUGUCGAAAAAGCAAAUACUAAAUCGGAAAAUCAUCAUCAUCUGGAAGUACCUUCCCUGAGAGAGACGGGUGGAUAUAGAUCAACAUUUCAAUUUCGCCCUGAAUUGGAGACUCACCGAGAUUCUAUUGAAACUCUUCGAAGGGAUCCAAGAAAAAUUGAAUCGUGGAGGAUAUCUCCUAUACCUUUACCUAACAUCCGGAUGAGUUUCGAUCAUCAGAAGAAAGAAGCUAAGAUUGUUCAACAUACGACCAUAGGUACGAAUACGGAUGGGGAUGAAGAUGACAUUGUUGUUAUCCCUGGGUUAUCCGAUAACAAUGAACGAGUACAGCUACGGGACUCAACUGAUGUAGAUGGCGAUUUGAGUCUUGCAGGAGGAUUAGGACGGUUGAGCGUAGGGGGCAGUGGAGGAGGGAUACAUAAUAAACGAUUAUCGAAUGUCAGAAAUUCAGCACAGAGUGGAUUGCGCUUACAACAUGCUAGACAAUCUGUUAGAAGUCAAAUUGGAGAAGUGUUAGAAACCCAUGCUGACAACGCUAGUAUGAACAGUAAGGAUAGACGAGUAUCUUGGGGUGAUAGCUAUUCAUCGUUGGGUUUUGGUAAAUCGACUCUCUCAGUUAAUUUUGAUGGGACUGGCGGAAGUGGAAGUAAGAGGAAUUCAGGUUCGGGUGAGGGGAAGUGA